AUGGCCGAGCUCGCUGCGCCGCUCGCGGAAGCGACGGCCGCCGCGCGGCGGUCGGUGCAAGAGCUCUCUGCCGAUGCGCUCGUCCGUGUCGAGGCCGCGCAGGAUAGCGCGUGCGAGGCGCGCACGCCCGCGCUGCGCGCGAUGGCGAGCGACGUCCGCGCCGCACGCACGCGGCUCGACGCGAUGCACGCCGAGCUGCAGGCCUUUUGCACGCAGCUCGAUGAGGCGUCGCAGCACAUCCAGCAGCUGCAAGACACGUCGACUUCUCUCGAAGAACAGCUUGCGACACAGGCCGGAAGCGAGGCGCAGCUCUCGGAAUGGCUGCAGACGGCGGCGCUUGCGCCGUCCGUCGUGCGCACGGUACUGCACACGCCGAUCGACGAGGACGUGCACGCAUGGAUGCGUGCAGUGCGUGCCAUCGAUACGCACCUGCGCCUCCUCAACGAGCGCGACGCGGCCGAGCCGCGCGCCCCGGCGCCGAACACGGCUCUGGCGCAGGUGCGCACGGUCGCCGAGCAGGCCAAGAUUGCGGCCAUUGCCAAGAUCCGCCCGCACCUCUUGUCGCUCUUCCAGCCAAUCCGUACGUCGGUCGCGACCACCUUGCCGAUCCUCCAGUUCUCGGUGCUGCUGCCGCAUCAGCAGCCCCUCUACCAGUUCCUUGCGACGCACGCGCCGCGCGCCGCCGUCGAGGUGCAGCUCGCGUACGUCAACGCGGCGCGGCUCUACUACGAAACGGCCUUUCGGCGGUACGUGCGCGAGCUCAAGCGCAUCUUGCCCCGCUGGGCCGAGCCGAGCGGGAGCGUGGCGCGCGGAGUCAAGGACCCGCAGCCCUAUGCAGAAGAGCGCCUGCAGUUCGCUCUGCCGAACGCGGCCUUGGCACCGGUUGUGCUUGCGUACAUGAGCGAGGACGCGUCGUUCCGUGCCUCGCCCGAGCACCUCUUUCAUACCUUGGCCCUGGUCUUUUCUGACACGGCAUGCUCCGAGUACGCGUUCCUCGCGCGCUUCUUUGCAGGCGCAGGCAUGAGCGAUACGAACGAGGCGAGUGUGAUGCCGGCCGCCAGCAUGCUCUCGCUUACGCAGGAAGAAGAAGAAAAGCACGACGCACACGCCGCCAUCACCGCCGAGACGUGGCGCCAGGUGAUGGAGCCGGCGCUGUUUCACUUUCACGACUUUCGCGAGGCGGUGCUGGGCGUGCCGAACCCGCCGCUGCUCAUGCUGCUCACCACCGCGACGCUCGCACAGGCGCUGCUCGACCUGGCGCGCGCGCGGCGGUGCCUCUCGCCGGAGCUCGAGACGGCGUACAUGCGGCACAUCCUCGGCACCUGGCCGCUGAUUGCACGCGCGCUCGACGCAGAAGUCGGCGCACUCAAGGCGCUCUCGAUCAGCGGCAACCGCACGGCGCGCGCUGCGGGGCUGCUCGAGCGCUGGACCGCGUCCGAGGUCCCGACGAACCUCGCGCAGGAGAAGCGCGACGUGGGCGAGCAGCUCCAGGGGCUGCUGCGCGCGUACGUCGACAUGGUGAAAAAGUGCACCAAGCUCAAUACGCAGGAGGGCACGCUGUCCAGCGGCCUCUCCCGCAUGCGCGCCGAGCUGCACCGGCUCUUGCGCGAGUACAAGACGUACGCGGCGAGUCAUGCGGCGACGCUCAAGCCUGCGGCGCUCUGCGCGAGUGUCGCGGAGCAAUUGGAUACCCCCGAGGCGCCGUCGUGGGCGGCGCUCGCUACCGAGCUCGGCGCGAGUACAUAG